GUGUGUGUUAAUCCCACUCCGCUGUGGUCAGGUGAUCCGUUGCUGAGCAGCUGUGCAGCCUCGGUAUCGCUCACAAUCACACAACGGGAGUCACCGGCGCCGAACGCACCAGUUUCUCACCCCCCGACGUGGAAAAAGCUUCACACCGUCCGGCGAAACGCUGCCUUUCGGAGCGUCGUGUCAGCGAAACGACAUGGGGGACCGAGUAGCUCUCCUGCUGCUGGCUGUAGCGGCUUCGGCUCUGGCUGCCGAGGUGCCUACCGAUGUUUCUAUGGGUCUGUUGGCAGAGCCCCAGGUGGCCAUGUUUUGCGGCAAACUCAACAUGCACAUCAACGUGCAGAGCGGCAAGUGGGAGCCGGACCCCUCGGGCACCAAGAGCUGCAUCGGCACCAAGGAGGGCAUCCUGCAGUACUGCCAGGAGGUGUACCCAGAGCUCCAGAUUACCAAUGUGGUGGAGGCCAACCAGCCAAUCAGCAUCCAGAACUGGUGCAAGAAGGGACGCAAGCAGUGUCGCAGUCACAUCCACAUCGUGGUGCCCUACCGCUGCCUGGUGGGAGAGUUUGUGAGCGACGCGCUGCUCGUUCCUGACAAGUGCAAGUUCCUGCACCAGGAGCGUAUGGACCAGUGUGAGAGCCACCUGCACUGGCACACCGUGGCCAAGGAGUCCUGCGGAGACCGCACCAUGAAUCUCCACGACUACGGGAUGCUGUUGCCGUGUGGCAUCGACCGUUUCCGAGGAGUGGAGUUUGUGUGCUGUCCCGCUGAGGCGGAGCGCGACACUGACAGCGCCGAGCGGGACGCUGAUGAUUCUGAUGUCUGGUGGGGUGGAGCGGAGACUGAUUACUCUGACAACGGUAUGGUGCGGGAGCCAGAGCCAGCGGAGCAGCAAGAGGAAGCCAGACCAUCUGUAGUAGAGGAGGAUGAGGAAGAGGAGGAGGAGGAGGUGGUGGCUGAGGAAAAUGACGAGGAAGAGGAGGAGGAAGAGGAUGUGCUCGACAACGACCAGGAUGGAGACGGAGAGGAGGAUGAAGAGGUGGUGGAGGAAGAAGAGGAGGAGGAGGAUGAUGGAGACGACGACGAUAUCGUCGACACGCUCGACGACAACGAUGACGCCGACGAGCCCACCACCAAUGUUGCCAUGACAACCACCACCACUACCACCACCACCGAGUCUGUGGAAGAGGUUGUCAGGGAUGUGUGCUGGGCCAAUGCCGAGACCGGUCCAUGCCGGGCCAUGCUGUCCCGCUGGUACUUUGACCACCAGGAGGGCCGCUGUGCUCAGUUUAUCUACGGCGGCUGCGGAGGCAACAGGAAUAACUUUGACUCAGAGGAGUACUGCCUGUCUGUCUGCAGCAGCGUCAUACCCACAGCCACGCCCAGCUCCCCCGACGCCGUGGACCACUACCUGGAGACGCCUGCCGAUGAAAACGAACACGCCCACUUCCAGAAGGCCAAAGAGAGCCUGGAGGCCAAGCACCGCGAGAGGAUGUCCCAGGUGAUGAGAGAGUGGGAGGAGGCCGAGAGGGAAGCGAAGAAUCUUCCCCGUGCUGACAAGAAGGCCGUCAUCCAGCGUUUCCAGGAGAAGGUGGAGGCCCUGGAGCAGGAGGCGGCCAGCGAGCGGCAGCAGCUGGUGGAGACCCACAUGGCCCGGGUGGAGGCGCUGCUGAAUGACCGCCGCCGGCUGGCUCUGGAGAGCUACCUGACGGCGCUGCAGCAGAACCCACCCAGGCCUCGCCACGUCUUCAGCCUGUUGAAGAAGUAUGUGCGCGCCGAGCAGAAGGACCGGCAGCACACCCUCAAACACUUUGAACACGUCCGCAUGGUGGAUCCCAAGAAGGCCGCGCAGAUCAGACCUCAGGUGCUGACCCACCUGCGUGUCAUUGAGGAGCGUAUGAACCAGUCUCUGGGACUUCUCUACAAGGUGCCCGGUGUGGCCAACGACAUCCAGGACCAAGUCGAGCUUCUGCAGAGGGAGCAGACGGAGAUGGCCCAGCAGCUGGCCAACCUGCAGACGGACGUGAGGGUGAGCUACGGCAACGACGCCCUGAUGCCCGACCAGGAGCUGGGAGACGGCCAGAGCGACCUGCUGCCCCAGGAGGACACGCUUGGCCUGGGCGGAGUCGGCUUCAUCCACCCUGAGAGCUUCAACCAGCCCAACACUGACAACCAGGUUGAGCCAGUGGACUCUCGCCCCAGUCUUGACAGAGGCAUUCCCACACGGACAGUGACUGGAAUGAAGAUGGAAGCUGUUCCUGAGCUGCGGAUGGAGACGGAGGACAGGCAGAGCACCGAAUACGAAGUCCACCACCAGAAACUGGUCUUCUUCGCGGAGGAUGUGGGCUCCAACAAGGGCGCCAUCAUCGGCCUGAUGGUUGGAGGCGUCGUCAUAGCAACCGUGAUCGUCAUCACCUUGGUGAUGCUGAGGAAGAAGCAGUACACCUCCAUCCACCACGGAGUCAUCGAGGUGGACGCUGCCGUCACACCCGAGGAGCGCCACCUGUCUAAGAUGCAGCAGAACGGUUACGAGAACCCGACUUACAAGUUCUUCGAGCAGAUGCAGAACUGAGGAGAAUGUCACAUUUACACCGCACACAUAAAACACACACAGACACACACACACACACACACACAGACAUCUCCUCCCACACAUCAAACACCUCCCCUCCCCUCCCUUUCCUUCCCAACCCCCUCUCCCCUCGAAUAGCCCCACGUCUCUACAAGGCAGUGUGGCUGAGAUGAUGGAGUCACUGAAAUAGUCAGUUACGGCCAUACUGGAGCGACUGUAGCCAGGGUUCUCUUUCAUUUCUGCCUGGGCGGACACUGUGGCCAAGCCGGUUUGCACCAUGUCUGUUAACUUUAUCGGAGCGAGACGCCUUUUUAAUUAAAGGAAGGUGUUUCUACACGUCGCUCCGUCUCCGUCUCUGCUGGCGUAUGGAAAGAGAAAAAGGCCCCGCCCCCAGCGCACUGAAACAAACCCUCCCUCCGGGGGAAAAGAAGCGCUUUCUCUCCACGCUGAUUCAGGGCCAGUGUAUAGUCUGGGUUUUUUGGCGUGGGACGGCUUUAGGUGUGCACUUGUGUCGGCAAAUCUGACCACUGAUCAGUGGGAUUUUUGGCGCACGCUGACCCCUGGGCCUCAUUUAGUCAAAUUGGCAUUUUACAUCAUUAUUCAAAAAUGUUGACGUAUUCUAUCAUAUUCUUUGUGAUGAUAAUAUAAUGAAAGUAGGCUUAAAUCAGGCCACAUUAUUUUUCUAAAUGAAGUCCAGUGUUUCCCCACUAACUGCACCACUACUGCACUCACUCUACAGUCUACACUGAAGUAACCCCUCCCCCUCCUCCUCCUCCCCCUCCUCCUCCCCUCCCCUCCAUCCUCUUUUCUUUAGUUAUUCUUAUGAUAGCUGGGCUGUGUUAAGUCACACAAGGCUCUUAAGGAUAUUUGGAGAUGCUGAUGAUAAUGAAUAUGUUGACGACGACGGUAAUAAUUGUGUAUUCUGAAUGAGCUGUUUUUUUAUUUUAGAGUUUUUUUCUCUUUUCGUUUCCAGUUUUGUUUUUCAAAAAAGAAUGAAAACGGAGGGGAAAAAAAAUAAAUAAGUCAACCGAUGUAAAGUCCUUUUUUUAAAUUGCGUGUAAUGUUACUGAAGUAAUGCUGAAGUCUUAGCUGUUCCUAUGUAGUGCAUGACAUCAAUGACAACAGGAUUUGGAAAGAAAAAAUACAAAAGAAACCCAAGAUCUUAACGCUGCUCUCUCUUGAGAUCCUUUCUCACGUAUAGAUUGUCAUUCUAGCAAGAUUGUACAUUUAGUAUCUUCUCGUGAUCACGUGACUUCAAACGAUGAAAAAUAUAUAUAAAUCUAGAUGAACGGGCUCUGCUUUGAUAUCAUGUAAAAUACACAUUUAAAAGAGAUCUGUGAUUUUGGAAUUUAAGUGUGUUCCUCAUGUCUUUUCUUUUUCCUUAUGUUCAUUUUUUUUUUUUUUUUUAAACCAUGCUACGUUCCUGAAGAUACAGGAGGGGGGCUGGCUUCAUCUCUGUUUGUAUAUUAUUAUCAUUCUCUGAAAUAUAUUGUUAAAAUGCAUAAGGGGCUCUCAGAAAUCACCCCCUUACAUAUAUAUCUAUAUUAUUUUUUUUGCUUUUUUUGUUGAUUUCAUGUUACUUUGUUUUCUGGAAAAGGGCAUGUUGUGGGCGUGAAGGUUACAGGGAGCGGGAAGGGAAACGGAGAAAAAAGAAAUGGGAGGCAUGGGGGAUGGGGUGAGGAUUAUCUCUGCGUGUAUGUUUUGUCAUUCUCAGUCUGGUGUUUUGUCCAGUUGUAAGCCGACGCAGUCUAUUUUUUAGUUUGGUAAUCAUUUUGCUGGUAGAACAAGUGGAGUACUGGGAGGAGGAGGAGGAGGAGGAGGAGGAGAUAGGGCAAGGUAGAGAGAAAAUGACUUGCAGUUCCGGAUGGAUAGCCAGCCAGCCUGUGUAUAUAAUGGAUUUUCACUCCCCAGCACAUACUUUCCCCUCCCUCCUUUGCCUUCCUUUCCCUCCAGGCAUGCUGCUCACCUCUCCGCCAUCAACGCACACGUGACUCCUCAGAGGCAGUGCACCGUCGCCUGUCGAUAGAUGGUUGUAGGCGUGUCACCAUUGAGAGACCUGCAAGCGAGUAAGGGGCAGGGGAAGUGAAAGCAGGGAUGAAAUAUUAGUCUUCAGUCACUUAGCUCAUGUUAAAGGUUCGUCAACAUCUCAACAUUACAUCGAAAAUAAAUGCAGUCUCCCUUCACUCCGUUAAUGCAUCGAAUGGCGAGUACGACCUGUGAGGAAAUGGUGUUCAUAUGGAGGCUGCAGUGGGGUGGGUCCUUGGUUUUCAGAGUGUGCUCAUUAGAAGCCCAACAGAGGGCAGUAGAGUAGAAGAGGAAGCAGGAUUUUCUUUCUAUCUUUUUUUUUUUUUCCCCGUGGGUUAUAUAUUGGUUUUGUUUUCCACUGUGUAAUAUUGUGCAGGCCAUUUGCAUUGACUGGGAAAACGCUUUCUACACUGUAUUCCAUAAUAAAGUUUUGAAUGUACAUACA